AAGAAACAAACAAAGAGAGUUAGAGAGAGAGAGAGAGAGAGAAUGGGGAUCUUUGAGCCGUUCAGAGCAAUCGGGUACACAACCACUUCCGUCCCCUUCUCCGUUCAGCGCCUCGGCACCGAAGCCUUCGUCACCGUCAGCGUCGGCAAAGCCUUCCAAAUUUACAAUUGCGCAAAGCUCACUCCGGUGCUCGUUGGUCCGCAAUUGCCGAAGAAGAUUCGAGCUCUUGCUUCCUACCGUGACUAUACAUUCGCAGCAUAUGGGACCGACAUUGCUGUUUUUAAGCGGUCUCAUCAGAUAGCUACAUGGAGCAACCAUAAUGCAAAGGUCAAUUUGUUGCUAUUGUUUGGAGACCAUAUCCUAAGUGUUGAUGUUGAAGGCAAUCUGUGUAUAUGGGGAUUUAAAGGAAUUGAUGAGAAUCUUGAUCCGGUUGGACAUAUUAAGUUGGACGAAAAUUUUACUCCGAGCUGUAUAAUGCAUCCGGAUACCUACUUAAAUAAGGUUAUCAUUGGGAGUCAAGAAGGUUCUCUGCAGCUUUGGAAUAUCAGCACAAAGAAAAAACUGUAUGAGUUCAAGGGAUGGGAAUCUUCUAUCUGCAGCUGUGUUUCAUCUCCUGCGUUAGAUGUUGUUGCAGUUGGUUGUGCGGAUGGAAAAAUUCAUGUUCACAACAUACGAUAUGAUGAAGAGUUAGUGACGUUUACUCAUUCAACACGUGGUGCUGUGACUGCCUUAUCUUUCAGCACAGAUGGACAGCCUCUUCUAGCAUCUGGAGGUUCUUCUGGUGUUAUAAGCAUAUGGAAUCUUGAAAAAAGAAGGCUUCAAUCAGUUAUAAAGGAGGCACAUGAUAAUUCUGUACUUUCACUGCACUUUUUUGUGAAUGAACCAGUGUUGAUGAGUUCAUCGUCAGACAAUUCUAUUAAAAUGUGGAUUUUUGACACAAGCGAUGGAGAUGCUCGUCUUUUACGGUUUAGAAGUGGUCAUAGUGCUCCUCCACAAUGCUUAAGGUUUUAUGCAAAUGGAAGACACAUUCUAUCAGCUGGUCAGGAUCGUGCCUUUCGCCUUUUUUCAAUAAUCCAGGAUCAGCAAAGUAGAGAGCUUUCUCAGCGUCAUGUAACGAAACGAGCAAAGAAACUCAGGGUGAAGGAGGAAGAGAUAAAACUGAAACCUGUCAUUGCUUUUGAUUGUGCUGAAAUAAGAGAGCGAGAUUGGUGCAAUGUUGUUACAUGUCAUAUGGAUACUGCACAGGCAUAUGUUUGGAGACUGCAAAACUUUGUUCUUGGGGAACAUAUUCUGAAACCUAGACCAGAAAACCCAACACCGGUGAAGGCCUGUGCAAUCAGUGCAUGUGGAAAUUUUGCCAUACUAGGGACAGCUGGUGGUUGGAUUGAGCGGUUCAAUAUGCAGUCAGGAAGUAGCCGAGGUAAUUAUGUGGACCCAUCAGAAAGAAGCAGCUGUGCCCAUGAUGGGGAGGUUGUUGGAAUUGCUUGUGAUUCAACUAAUACUCGCAUGAUAAGUGCCGGAUAUCAUGGAGACAUAAAGGUCUGGGAUUUCAAGGGACGUGGAGUCCCAUAUAGAUGGGAAGUUGGGAGCUCUGUUGUCAGGAUUGUAUAUAAUCGUUUGAAUGGACUUUUGGCUGUUGCGGCUGAUGAUUUAAUUAUCCGCUUAUUUGAUGUUGUGGCAUCAAGAAUGGUUCGUAAAUUUGAAGGCCAUACUGAUCGUGUUACAGAUAUGUGUUUUAGUGAGGAUGGAAAAUGGCUUUUGUCAUCCAGUAUGGAUGGAAGUCUUCGAGUUUGGGAUGUUAUCUUAGCAAGACAGAUAGAUGCAUUGCAUGUUGAUGUGUCUGUGACAGCAUUAUCUCUAUCACCAAAUAUGGAUAUUUUAGCAACCUCCCAUGUUGAUCAAAAUGGGGUCUAUCUCUGGGUGAAUCAAUCAAUGUUUUCGGGAGCAUCUAAGGUAGAAUCCUAUGCAAGUGGAAAGCAAAUUGUGAGUGUUAAGUUGCCAUCUGUCUCUUCAACAAAAGGUUCUGAAGCUGAGGAUUCUGACGAGCCUAUUGGAAAUUCCACACAACUUAAAGAUUCUUCUGCUCUCUCAACUGUUGUACUGCAAAUUCCAGAUCUUGUUACUCUCUCAUCGUAUCCUAAAAGCCAGUGGCAAAGCUUAAUAAACUUAGACAUUAUAAAGGAACGAAAUAAACCGAUUGAGCCGCCAAAGAAACCAGAAAAGGCUCCUUUCUUUUUGCCUUCAGUUCCAUCUCUAUCAGGAGAAAUAAUGUUUAAGCCUACUGGGUCAACAAAUGAGGAGACCAAAGGUGGUGAAGAAUCAUCUAGAAUAAAGGCUGCUCUAGCACCAUCAGUAUUCCUCCAAGCGCUUCAGUCAUCUGCGGAAAUGAAGAAUUUUUCAGAAUUUACUGAUUUCAUCAAAAGCUUAUCUCCAUCAUCCCUGGAUAUGGAACUUCGAAUCCUUCAGAUUGUAGGUGAAGAGGAUGAAGAAGAGCCAGAAAAGUUGCUUCCAAUUGAAUUGCUUCUUGACUACUUUAUGCACGAGACUGCAUCCAGAAACAACUUUGACUUCGUACAAGCUGUGAUCAGGGUUUUUCUGAAGAUCCAUGGCGAAACAAUUCGACGCCAGUCACGACUACAGGAUAAGGCAAGCAAACUCCUAGACGUUCAAAGCAGCACAUGGCAAAGAGUAGAUAAAUUGUUUCAGAGCGCCAGGUGCAUGGUCACUUUUCUUAGUAAUUCACAAUUUUGAGUGUCCUAAAAUAAAUUAUUGUAGUUGAUCAUCCCCAAUUUUGUGCUAGGGUUUGGUCUAGAUUCUGAAUAGUAAAAAACAUUUCUGUUGUAAUCUCAAGUUGGCCGAGAUGAUGCUCUCUAAUGUAUUUGAUCA